AUGUCCAUUGGUAAUCGAAUAAAUCAUUCUAGAAUCCCGUCUGAGAUAAUAUCACUGUAUCUUGCAUACUUUCGUGCCAUAGACAAUGCGUUAAAUUUAUAUUAUGCUAAUCAUACAUCUGAUCCAUCAUUAGAAGAAAUAUUAAAAUCUGCAUCUGGAUUACUUUCCAAGAGAGUAACUUUGACUUCAAUAUUAGUUAUUCUAGGGAUUUAUCCAGGAGCAUAUGUAUUGAAACAUAACCACAAGGUGAUCGGAACAUCGGAAUAUCUUAUUCUGUUACCUAAUGAUCUUCAAUUGUUCAAUGGAAUGAUUGUGAAACGAUCUAAUGAAUUUGAGACGCGACUACUACAAUGGAUUCAAGAAUAUCCAGAAGCAGACGCGUUACCUAGUGCUUCUAUUGUCAGCUUAACCUCUCUGACACCAAGUAGAAGAACAUCACCUUCCAAAAUCACAAAACUUUCGACAACAUUGAAGAAUGAUUCCUCUAAAUUUAAAUUCAAGGCUAAAGAUGAAGUACAACAACAAACAUUAAACAAUGGACUUACAUUAUUAGAACGGAUACGACUUAAGGAAAAACAGAAAAAUGAAGGACCUCAGGAUACAAAGGAAACGAAGUAUACUCGAUAUCUAGAUGGGAAACUUGGAAUGGUGUAUGAUAUUAUGUUUCAAACGUAUUCACAAGACAACGCAAGUGCCAAGACCUAUGGAUUAAGAAAGUUUUCUGAAAUUAUCCGUGAUAGUCUUCGAUAUCCCAUGAGUAUAGAAGAAAUUUCAGAUGUGGUGCAUAGAUUGGAGACUACUCUUGGUCAAGAAAGAAUAAAAAUCUUAACUCGAGGUGGAGUCACAGUCAUUAAAAUUAAUGAUCUUAAUAGAUCAAAGGAUCUUGAACUAAUCAAGAAGAUUGAACCUAAAAAAUAAAACAACCUUGGUGUUUCACAUAACCCAUUUAAUUACUUAAUACAUAGCAUAAUUACGAAUAAAAUCGACUUCAAUUAAAAUCUAUAAAAAUGUUCAAGGUAAAUCAAUAAACUGUCAAACAUCAAA